AAGAGAAGUGCCACGGCCUGUGACCACUGAGGACCUUUUUAUGAGUCGAAUUAAACCAUAUUUGCCUAUUGUUACAAGCCUAGUGCUAGUACCACUACACUCCUCACACCCGUCAUCCCCGCCGCGCGAUGGGCCUAGCUAUAUACCUGGUCAUCUUCCUGCUCUUGAUUGCAGUCCUCUACUACCAGGCCACGAAGAGCAUCCCCAGCCGACUCAACUCCGACCAAGCUCCGAAAUCAAGAUUUGAGCUCGUUCCAGCGUGCGCCAGUGGUUUACCGACGAGGGCAGACGGGAUUGAUAUUAUCUUUGUACACGGCCUAGGGUCCAACCCCGACUCGACAUGGCGGGCGACGAAACAUGCGACGAGACAAGCGACGACGGCCGAUAUACCUGAAGAAGCGGCGACGGACAACGAGCAGUUUGUGAACUGGGUCAGCGACUUUCUCCCUAGUGACCUCCUUCCGGCGGUCAGCAGAGAUGUCCGCCUAUUCUUUUACAACUACGAUUCGUACUGGAAGAGGGAUGCGGUGCACACACGCUUGACAAACCUCGGGAAUGAACUGCUUGAGCAUAUUGGAGGGAUCCGGAUGUCCGAGACGGAGCAAAACCGGAGCUUGAUCUUUGUAGCACAUAGUUUUGGGGGGCUCGUGGUUAAACGUGCACUUGUUCAAGCCCGAGCGAGUCGAGACUUUGGCCAUGUCGCGGAGCAUGCUCAAACAAUUAUCUUCCUGGGUACGCCGCAUCGCGGGACCAGUUUCGGCCUAUGGGGCUGGCUUGCGGCAAAGGGCCUCCAGCCUCUCGGGUCGAACCCGUCAAUCCUGGCCGAUUUGGAGUAUGAUUCAUUUUCGCUACACGACUUGCAUAAGGAUUUUAUGGCGGUGGCUCCAGACGAUUUGCGUGUGUUUAACUUCUUUGAGAAGCGGCCGACACGUAUUCUUCGGCUAUGGUUCGUUCGGCUAGAGCGAUUUUGUGUCCAUGAGCAAUCCGCCACAUAUGAGGGCCGAAAUGUUCGAAACAUUGGGCUAUCGGUCGAUCACUAUGGGCUCAACAAAUUUGCGUCGAAGAACGAAAGCUAUCAGUCAAUACUUUCGAAACUUACCGAAUCAAUCAGAGCCUCCGCUCGGCCAGUGAAGCAUCACUACGCUGUACCGCUCGGGAGGGUAGAUACCUAUACGGAGCGGGUCGGACUGUCGGCGGAAAUCGAGCAGAAGUUGCAUAUAAGGCAUGAGAAAGCAAGCGUUCCAUAUGCAGUCUCUCUUUACGGAUUGGGCGGUGCUGGUAAGUCGCAGCUAGCGCUGGACUACGCCGAGAAGCACAAACAUGAUUACAACCCGAUUCUCUGGAUAGACGCGACGGACGAGGAGACCGUAGGAUCUAGCUUUAAGAUAUGUGCUGCGGAGCUGGGACUCACAGUGGAGGGCGGCGAAAACCAAGGAUCGAUUAUUACGGAUGCAGGGGUCCGGGCAGUACUUAGAUGGCUUUGCGACCGAAGUGAGGCGGAUGACGAAUGGCUUUUGAUUGUGGAUAAUGCCGACGACGUUAGCUGGGGGAUCCAGAAGGUCAUGCCGAGGGGAAACCGAGGAAGGGUUAUUAUUACCAGCCGAGACGAGCAAAGUACCAAGUUAGUCGGCGGGACCUGCGAAUCGGUCCGUGUUGGCGACAUGUCGCCACCGGAAGGGAGGGCGCUUCUCCUCAGACAUCUGCAACUCGACGAAGAGCUGGCCCCUGGGGGCAUCAAAGACGACUGUGAUAGGGUGGUGAAAAAGCUGGAAUUCUUAGCACUUGCCAUUGAUAUUGCUGGCGCCUAUAUCGGUAGCCAUUCUCCUUCUGACAAGGCUUUGCAGCGAUACCUCGCGGACUAUGAGAGGCACCGCGACGAGCUCCUCCAGACGGACUUUUUUAGAGGGUUAUUGGCGACGGAGAAGACGGUGUGGACAGUAUGGGACACCACGCUCGAGAAAAUCGCGAUGGAAAAUAAAGGCCUGCGACCUGAUGUAUUGCUGACGUUUCUUGCACAUUUUAAGGGCGGUAUUAUCCAGGAUGAGAUGUUUCGUCUGGCCAGUCUUGGCAUGGAAAAAGUCAAGGCUAAUAUGGGGGAAGAGGAGAGCGAAGGGAUGCCCUUUAAACUCCAGCAAUUCCUUCGACUCGAUGAAGACAAAUGGGAUGAUUUUCGAUAUCAGCAGAGCUGCCGUCUACUGCUCCGUUAUAGCUUGUUGCAGCGAGUCGACCGGGGGUGGGCUGGUGUGACAAUGCAUGGCCUGGUUCGCUGGCGGGCAAUGCUAAACCACCGAAGCAGGCCAUGGCGGCAGUGGUAUAUGGUAUUUGUUUUGGCAGCGUGCUGUCAGAACAUCGAGGAGGAACAGCCUGUGUUCCGUCGACAUCUAGUUGGACACUUGCCAAAUAUUCAUGGGGAUGAUGGCCAAGAACGGGAGAAGAAUAUAUUACGACGAAGGCCGGGCCGGUGGGAGGAGGCCGAGAAGCUGGAGGUGCAGGUGAUAGAGACUCGGAAGACCAAGCUUGGGGCCGAUCACCCUUCUACGCUGACGAGCAUGGCCAACCUAGCGUCGACAUACAGGAACCAGGGCCGGUGGGAGGAGGCCGAGAAGCUGGAGGUGCAGGUGAUGGAGACGAGUAAGAUCAAGCUUGGGGCCGAUCACCCUUCUACGCUGACGAGCAUGGCCAACCUAGCGUCGACAUUUUGGAACCAGGGCCGGUGGGAGGAGGCCGAGAAGCUGGAGGUGCAGGUGAUGGAGACGAGCAAGACCAAGCUUGGGGCCGAUCACCCAGACACGCUGACGAGCAUGGCCAACCUAGCGUCGACAUUUUGGAACCAGGGCCGGUGGGAGGAGGCCGAGAAGCUGGAGGUGCAGGUGAUGGAGACGAGCAAGACCAAGCUUGGGGCCGAUCACCCAGACACGCUGACGAGCAUGGCCAACCUAGCGUCGACAUAUAGGAACCAGGGCCGGUGGGAGGAGGCCGAGAAGCUAUUUGUGCAGGUGAUGGAAACGAGCAAGACCAAGCUUGGGGCCGAUCACCCUUCUACGCUGACGAGCAUGGCCAACCUAGCGUCGACAUACAGGAACCAGGGCCGGUGGGAGGAGGCCGAGAAGCUGGAGGUGCAGGUGAUGGAGACGAGCAAGGCCAAGCUUGGGGCCGAUCACCCAGACACGCUGACGAGCAUGGCCAACCUAGCGUCGACAUAUAGGAACCAGGGCCGGUGGGAGGAGGCCGAGAAGCUAUUUGUGCAGGUGAUGGAGACGAGCAAGACCAAGCUUGGGGCCGAUCACCCAGACACGCUGACGAGCAUGGCCAACCUAGCGUCGACAUAUAGGAACCAGGGCCGGUGGGAGGAGGCCGAGAAGCUGGAGGUGCAGGUGAUAGAGACUCGGAAGACCAAGCUUGGGGCCGAUCACCCUUCUACGCUGACGAGCAUGGCCAACCUAGCGUCGACAUAUAGGAACCAGGGCCGGUGGGAGGAGGCCGAGAAGCUGGAGGUGCAGGUGAUGGAGACGAGCAAGACCAAGCUUGGGGCCGAUCACCCUUCUACGCUGACGAGCAUGGCCAACCUAGCGUCGACAUUUUGGAACCAGGGCCGGUGGGAGGAGGCCGAGAAGCUGGAGGUGCAGGUGAUGGAGACUCGGAAGACCAAGCUUGGGGCCGAUCACCCAGACACGCUGACGAGCAUGGCCAACCUCGCUUUUACUUGGAAAAGCCAAGGACGACACGCAGACGCUUUAGCACUGAUGAAGAACUGUGCUCAAGCUCAGCAGCGAGUGCUUGGCAACGAGCAUCCAUACACACUAGAGUCUCUGGCCACCGUAGCUAAGUGGAGUAGUUAGAAUGGGCUUUUGUAUCAUGUGUCGGCGUAAUCGAAUGCUACAUCCUAUCUUAUCUUACCUAAUAUGGCUGAGCGUGUUGGCCAGUGCGCGGUGAUAGAAGGUUCUUUUUUCCGCACCUGUGGGCGUUAUGGGCGUUGUGGCUUGAAGCCUUUAGAGGUUCUUUCAGAGGUUUUUCAUCCUCAAUCUAUGUUCAAGUAGUUGCGGACACCUCUGAAGUUGAGGAUUCUUUCAGAGGUUCUACUGGUUUGCCAAAAUGUGACGAUCCUUUGUUGUGACGAUCCC